GGUAUUAUACCGUCAAAUAUGCCGUCGGAAGCUUUACAUCCUACCGCUGCCCUACAACUAUACGCCGCUGCAGCUCAAUUGGCACCCGGUGGUGUACGUGUCCCACCAUGGAAUCCAUUUUUGCAAUUUGGAGUACCGGGUGUAUUUGGUGGUGCCCCAUUUUUGGGUCGUCCACGAUUUGAAAGCAAUGGACCACAAAAUGCCGCCGCUGCAGCCCAAAUGGCUGUGAAUGCAAGUAAUGCUUUUGCAAAUUUAACCGGUUUAAGUGCAGCUAUGAGAAAUGUUUCGGCGGCCCAGACAACAGCUGCCGCCGCUGUGGCCUCAGCGGCAAUUCAACAUCGUCUUAUGAUAGGAAAUCGUCAAAAUAUGCCACCGACGGGACCACCAAGUGAAGGAUCAAACGAUGAUGCGGGUUUUUCUGCCGACGGCGAUGAUGAAAGCAGUGCCGCCAAACGCCGCCGUUCCCGCACCAAUUUCAAUUCAUGGCAACUGGAGGAAUUGGAACGAGCCUUUUCGGCCAGCCAUUAUCCGGAUAUUUUUAUGCGUGAAGCAUUGGCCAUGCGUUUGGAUUUGAAGGAGAGUCGUGUUGCGGUAUGGUUCCAGAAUCGGCGUGCCAAAGUUCGAAAACGUGAGCAUACCAAAAAAGGACCCGGAAGACCUGCCCACAAUGCCCAGCCUCAGACAUGUUCUGGUGAACCCAUCCCGCCCAAUGAACUUAAAGCUAAAGAAAGAGCACGACGACGAAAGAAGCUGGCCAAGGCAAUUGAUCGACAAGCCCGUAAGCUGCAAGCCAAGGGCAUUACCGUCGAUCUGGAGGCCCUCAAAGCUGAAUACAUAUCACAGCACAAAGCUAACGGAACAUUUUCCGAUUCGGAUCUCGAAGAUGAUAGCAUACAAAUCGAUGUUGUGGGCGGCACUGAAAGUGAUGACGAUUGUGAUGACUUUGAUUUUCGUAGUCCGCGUGGCAGUGAUAUGGCCAAUAACAGUUAUUCACCCAGUGGCAGUCCCAAUGGCCUCGGUAGUCCCAUGUCAAAUGGUGGUGGUGUGGAUACAUCACGAGACGAUGACAACAAUAGCCAGCACCAACAAAUGCACAUGCAAAUGCAUUUACCCAACGGUGGUGGCGUUGGCGUUGGCGUCGGCACUGAAGGUUGUGAUGUUAAACCAUUCCUAUUUCCCGGUAGAGCUACAAAUUUCCAAAUAAAAUUACAAAACACCUCAUCAUCGUCCUCCUCACCCUCGCCUAAUCAUCAUCAACAGACCUCACCAAUUAGCAUAAGACGCAGUAAUCCGUUUAGCAUAGAAUCGUUGCUAUUCAACAAUACGUGAGUUC